AUGUCCUCUCUGUGGCCUCGUGUCCUCCCGGUGCUCAGACUCUACCUGCUCGGGCUCAAGGUGCUGCUGCUCCAGCUGUUCACCUCAGCCUUCCGGCUGCCAGUGAUGCCCAGACAAGAUGGCAAGGUUGCCAUAGUGACAGGAGGGGGCAGGGGAAUCGGCUAUGAGGUAGUCCGCCACAUGGCCAGCCUGGGCGUGCACGUUAUCAUAGGUGGGAGGGAUGAGCGUGAGGGCCUGGCAGCCGUCAGAAGGAUCUGUGAGGAGUAUAAAGAGGCCAAAGUCGAGUUCAGGAAGCUGGACCUCGCCUCUUUGCAGUCUGUCCAUCAAUUUGUCCAACGCUUCAAGCAGCAGGGCCUGCCACUAAACGUACUUAUCAAUAAUGCCGGUGUCAUGCUGGUCCCCGAGAGCCGCACUGAAGAUGGAUUUGAGCAGCACUUCGGGGUGAACUACCUGGGUCACUUCCUGUUGACCUGGCUGCUCCUGGACACACUCAAGGAUUCUGGGAAGAGUGGUCACUUCUCUCGUGUGGUCAACGUCUCCUCCUCCGCCCACCGCAUCGGCGAGGUCCGACUUAACGAUUUAAACAGCCGCCAGUGUUAUUCAGCCCAUGCUGCUUACUGUCACAGUAAACUGGCCCAGCUGGUAUUUAGCUCCCACCUCCAGCAGGAGCUGCAGCACGGAGGCUUCCCAGUGACUUCAUGGGCUGUGGAUCCUGGCAUGGUGGACACUGCUCUCUACUGCCACCUCUGGAAGCCCCUCCACCUGGCACACAGCGCCCUCGCUCCCCUGCUUCUGAAGACCCCUGUAGAGGGCGCUGCCACUGUGUUGCACGCUGCCCUAUCACCAGCCCUGGAGGGGGAGUACGGAGAAGGCUACUGGUCCAAUGGGUACCGGGAGAUGACAACACCCCCGACCUUUGACCCCCAGCUCAAGCUAAGCCUCUGGGAGACCAGCCUCCAGUUACUGGGACUGCAGUAGCACGAUAACCAGGGGCGACCAACAGGACUCCUCCCCGAAGACAACGUCAGACACAGACCUUUAACUUGAACGAACCAGCCGCUUUCCUCUUCCUCCAUUUUUUUCGCUGCCCAUAGCGUUUUAUUUUGACUAUCUUGCAAUCCACCGCGGACUGUGAUUGGUUAUUUGGAAAGGCAAGACCUUGUUUUUUGUUCCAGACCCGCCAAAGAAGGGCUACAGGGGACGGAAGACAUGUUUUUUGUUUGUCUCUGUGAGCGAGCUAACAUACGCACAUGUGUAAACACACUUGAGGGUUAGAUGGAUAUAUGAUUUUGCGGUCAUAGAUAGAUACGGAAGUUGACAUCAGAUUAUUUCCUGAUUUGAGCAGAUAUCUAGCCAGAGAAACUGCGUUGACAUAUUAAAAAAAAACACAAAUGACACAUGCUCCACUCUGCCUUAAUGUCAUUAGUCUGGAUUUCAAUAAACAGUUUCAAAAUACUUAAAUAGUUUUUCUGAGGUUUUACAUUGCAGUUAUUGAAAUAUUAUUACAUUAAAUUCUUGUUUGAUUAUGGAAGUAGAUUAAAAAGCUUAAUUCUGGCUCUAUACUAGCUGCAAAAUCACAUGUCGGUCAAACCCUCACAUACACAAACACACACAUACUCAUACACCAUGGAAAGAGAUUCUUCAGAUCUGAACCCAGCUUGCUGUGGGUGGAGAAAUAUGAUGUCAUCACUUUGCUUUGACACAUCGUAAUGGUUUUCGCAGCUCAUGUUUCCAUCCCCUCCCGUUUUACUGGGAGCACCGUGUUCCUUUUGUAACACCCUUGUGCUUUUACUUGUUACUGCUGUACUGAGUCCUCAUGUUAACUGCUGGUCGUAGUUGUGUGUGAUAUGCUGUGUUUUGAGGAUGCUGGGAAAACGUCAUCAUCAGCUCCUCUGUCCUUUGUCCCUCUUCAACUCAGCACACCAACAAAGAACAUUCCUACAGACUGAAAACCCUGAAAUACAUAAGAGAUCCCAUGUAAAAGCACGGCAGAUUUAGAAUGAUCUCCUCUGUAGACAUAACAAUGACACGUUUGUUUUUAUUUAUUUUUUUUUCUUAUGGCCGUCUGUCCCGGUUUUCCUUUGUGAUCAGUGUUAAUCAGUUUUACUGCGCCUGUGAUAGAUGUGUUUGUGCUUUAUGCACAUCAGUUAAGCAUCGACUCAUGAUAUAUACCUAAAUCAGUUGAAAGAUAGCACAACAAUGGCCGGUCCAGGAGGAACAGCAACGGAAAGGAGAGCGAGGGAAAUCACAUUUUUUCCAUAAUUCAAGCUGUGUUGGUUCCUCAUUGCUGCUGCGUCGGCUUCUGCUUCCCCAUUUGGCGCCUCUCCCAGUGCAUUGUGGGAUUGAGAUUUCCCAGUGGUGAGAAUCAAACUCCAUCUGCCGAGCUGACACACUCACUCUCAAACAUUGGAUGCAGUACUGUAUAUCCAGGCGCAGGCUUAUCUAAACAAGCACACAGCAUGUCUGUCUCUCAUUCAGGAAAACACUCACCUACACACACACACACAACGAUACGACACACAGCCAUAACGCCAUCGCCACUGUGAUAAACCAUUUUAGCUGUGAAGAUGAAAAGUUUUAUCCCAAACUGACUAGAUUUGGCUGAUAAUCCUUCCACCCAGUGCCAUCCCAUCGCUGUGACUGUUGGAUGUGUGUUGUUGCUUUUUACAUUGCCAAUGUGAAGCAAUAGUAUCACCGUGGUACUGUAGCUCAUUCAGCCAGUAGCACAGAGCAGGACAUUCAGACCCGGACCAUGAAAUUAUAUCAAACUAAAACAAAAACAACGUAACUUUACGUAACGUAAAUAUCACAAAUUCAGAUUUCUUUGGUGACAGUAACGUGCAUUCUUUACAAUUAUAUUUAAAAGAUGUCCCCAAUUUCCCAACCACUUUGACGACUGGUAAUUGGUCUGGUUCGUGUGAUAUGAUUACCAGUGAUGGCUCACAUUAGCACAUGGACCUGGUAGAAAUGACAUGAUCAUAUAAUUUGACCAAGAUUACCUAAAAGCUCCGUUAAGCAGCCAGCCAUUAGUGAAUGGACGGUAGGGUCGUGUGCUGUUAUGUUUGACCAUGGACUCUGUGGGUCCAUUUUUAGACUAAUGCAUUGUCCACGUCAUAAAGAGUCGAAGAGGGCAGUGUUGUUGAUGACAGAUCUAGGCUGGUAGGAGAUGUGCAUGUCUGUUCUGGUUUUCAGAGGUAUUCAGGCAAAUACAUCAACUAUUUAGAUCAUUUAUAUUAUAUAACAGCAUCAUUACUCUGUUACUUGGAUAAUAAUAUGAAUCGACUUGUACAAGUGGGAACCUGAUAACUAUGAUGUCACAUGAACGCAGCAUAACUAGCAAAACACAUCACACCUUGAAUUGAUUCUGAUUGGCUCUCAUUAUAGAACGCCUACAAUGUGGCCAAUCAGGACCAUGUAUUGUAUGUGGCACUGGUGGACCUCCACCAGCAGAUUUACCUCAUUUGAAUGAGAGUUAGAUUUUUCAGCCAAUCAGGGUUCAGUCUGACGAUGACUCAGAUUCAGUUAAAUUCAGCUUUUAGUGUACCUACGUUACUUUUGCGACAUAUCACAAAUGGAAAUCCAACAGAAUCAAAUGGGACAUUUCAAAUUCUAAUUUAAAGCAAUCAUGAGUUAGAUUAGUUUUUCUAUUGACGCAGUCAUGUGGGAACUGACUGUAAACGCCAGCAAUACUCUUCAGUUUUUUCAUGUUAUUUUGUGGGUCGUCUAACUGCUCAUUGCCUCGGUGCUUCCUUGUUUCACUGUGGAUCCUUGAGGCUCCUGUAGAGAACUGACAAAAUACACAACAACCAAACCUAGUUCUCUAGUGAAACAAACGUGCGUGUGUCCCCUUCACACAAAUGACAAACACCAGCCUAACACUCAGCAGCACUCAUUUAACAUACAAGGCUCCGGUGCAAGCUACGUCCCAUCACCGUGCUAUCCCACAAUCCAGCUGCUAUGAUAGAUGAAAAAAACAAACCUUAGGGGGAGGGAUUGGCGUCUGCACACAAAAUUUUCCAAAGACGGGGUGAGGAAGAAGUGUGAGGGUCUGUCUCUGUGUUCUUGUUGUGUCAG